GUGGCACGACAAUGCCUGUAAGCUUCCCUGUUUAUCGUUAACCUAUUGUUAUUAUCUAUUAUUAGAUCUAUUUGUGUCAUUAUUAUUCGUAUUAUUUAUUAUUAUUUGUUAAUUUUAUUAUUGCAGCCCUGAGACAUAUCCGCAGAGUGCUUUCAGGCGGUAACAAAACAGAAAGUAGACUCGACCAGACAAAGUCAAAGACAUUUGGAGCAACAUGUUGUAGCCUAUGCUGUUGCGCUGGACACACGCACAGUCCGCAGUCUGCGGUCAUACCGAUGCUCCUAAACGGCUGUCCUGAUGUUCUUCGGGACGUCAUCAUUUGGGCUUUCGUUAACUUGAAGGCAGGAAAUAAAGCGCGCGCCUCCGCUACUGGCACAUCGUGCGCAACAGGGAAGUAAACCUAACCUAUUUUCUCCGUGGCAUAACAGUUGUCCGGGCUGAGCUGCUCGGUGCUCUUAGUGGAUUUCUCCUCGGUUAAAACAUUAUAACGCCAGUAACGAUCCAGCUUUUCAGGGACAAACGUCAUCCUUAAAGUGAUGGAGGCAGGACAUGCUCAGUAGGUUAUUCGGACUGGCGGAGUACUUGUGAGACAGAAGACAACAGAGCAUGUUCCAAUGUUUUGAAUCUAUAUUUAACUAAAGCCCUCUCUGACCAUGGCCCAGUGGACACACAUGUCUCAGAUGUUACAGGGCCUGACUGACGACACUAUCAACAACCUCUACCCCCCAAACGCCUUCCCCAUUGAAGUCAGACAUUUUUUAGCUGAGUGGAUUGAGAGACAACCAUGGGACGACUUUGUGCUGGAAAAAGAGGAGUCGGAGAGCCAAGCCCAGGCUCUGUUGGACCAGACCAUCAGCAUGCUGCAAUCAAUCUCUCAGCAGAAUGCCAACGUGGUGGACCGGAUGAAGCUAAUGCAGAUCAGCAGGAACAUGACCAUGUUUCAGCAGCAGCCUCUACAAUUUGCAGUGAUGGUCAGGGACAUCCUCACAAAGGAGAGGGUUCUGCUGGGCACGCCCAAUCAGAUGCCCAGCCCUCCACAGUUCCAACAGCAUCCGAAUAGAGAGUCCUCGUUCCGCAGCAUGCAGGAUGUAGACCACCUGGUUCUGAAGGUGCUAGAUGUCCAGGACAUCCGACAAAAGAUACACCAGCUGCAAGAAGAGCUCAACUGGGAGAGGCAGAACUAUGAGGAUUUACAAGGGCCAAUUCAACAGAACGGACUGGCUCCAACACAGUCAGACAUUCUGAAACUCCAGAAUCACCUCCAGCAGCUGGAGUACAACGUGAAGGCAAUGGCCAGGAAGCGUUUACAGCUGCUGAAGGAGUGUGUGGACUGUCUGGACCAGUGUCAGACCCAACUGAUCAGCAGGCUGAAGGCGUGGAGGUGGGAUCAGCACAAGGCCACCAUCGGACAACCAUUUGAUGACAACCUCAGCCUCCUGCAGACCAGGUGUGAGCAGUUGCUCGGUGUAAAUGGAAAGCUGAGAGAGGAGUUGAUGCUGAUAGGGGAACCGAUCCCAGAGCUCCAGGAAAGGCUUAAGAAACUUCUCCAGGUUCUGAUUCAAAGCUCUCUUGUAGUGGUCAAGCAUCCCCCUCAGGUCAUUAAGACGCAGUCAAAGUUCUCCACAACAGUGCGAUAUCUGUUGGGGGAAAAAGUCGCUCCUGGGAAGCCGGUGGUGCUGAAGGCGCAAAUCAUUAAUGAACUGCAGGCCAGGAACCUGGGCAGUGGACCUGGUGAUAAUGUUGGGGAACUGAUCAACAAUGCAGCCGUCCUAGAACACAACACAUCCAGCAAAAGCACAUAUGCCACCUUCAGGAAUAUGUCUAUCAAGAAGAUCAAGAGAGCCGACAGAAAGGGAUCAGAAUCUGUGACAGAAGAGAAAUUUGCUCUCCUUUUCUCCACGGAGAUCACCAUCACAGGCUGUGACACUCCCUACAGGAUACAGAUGAUCUCAAUGCCGGUGGUUGUCAUUGUUCAUGGUAGUCAGGACAACAACGCUCUGGCCACCAUCAUAUGGGACUGCGCUUUUUCCGAACCGGACAGAGUGCCAUUCAUGGUGCCGGAGCGAGUGCCGUGGAAGAUGAUGUACAAUACCCUCAACAGUAAAUUCACAGCUGAGGUCAAGACGACGCACAAUCUAGACCAGUACAACCAGCACUUCUUGGCCCAGAAGAUAUUCGAUAAGCCUGACUUUGCCGAAGACUUCAGCAACAUUUUGGUGUCCUGGACACAGUUUAACAAGGAGGUUCUCCCGGGCCGACCCUUCACUUUCUGGCAGUGGUUUGAGGGAGUUAUGGAGCUGACCAAGAAGCACCUGAACAACUACUGGAGCGAAGGGUUGAUAUUUGGUUUCAUUGGAAAGCAGCAUCUCCACCUGAUUCUCAAAGACAGGCCCAACGGGACCUUCUUGCUUCGCUUUAGUGACUCUGAGAUCGGAGGCAUCACCAUUGCAUAUGUGUCCGCUACUGAGAAUGGAGGACAGAAAAUCCAGAACAUCCAGCCCUUCACCAAGAGAGAUCUUGAGAUCCGCAGCCUUGGAGACCGCAUCCGGGACAUAAACCACAUAACAUACCUGUAUCCUGAAUUUCCGAAACAUGAAGUUUUCAAAAAAUUCUACACAGAGCCUCAACCAUCACCCGGCGGGGGCUAUAUCCCUGUGUCUCUCCUUACCAAAGUUGGCACGGAAGAUAACUUAGACACCAGCCCAGCGCCACCACCCCUCGCUGAAAGCCCUCACAGUGCUGUUGGCUUCCCCGUUUGUGCAGAUGAUAUGGAACUAGAUUUUGACACAAUCCUCGAGACUCUGAGUCAUUAGGAGGAAUUACCAUCAAAGUUGGUUUUGGGUGCUCAGCAGACAUCGGAUGAAGACCGGAGCCAAAAUCAUCCGUCUUACCUUCAGAUGAAAGGAGCACCAUGGCUCACACAGACUUCCAUCCUACGGAUUCCUCUACUUUUGAGUAAAAACAAAUCGAGCUGGUACUAUGUUGCAUAGGAAAUUAUUUUAAGGACAAAGUCAAACUGAGACCAAAUGAAACGUGCUGUCCUCCUUGUUUUGCACCUCUUUAGGUUUGUUGAUGUUGUUCUCCGCUCAGUGGACAGUCACCGCCGCGAAGUUGUCCUCUGGCCUUUUUGCAUGUUUUACAAGAGGAAAGCACACCUGGGUGUUUUUUCCAUAUGGUAUAUAAUCCUUCGCUAUGAUGGCUACACCUCUGCUAUAGUAUAUCGUACACUCGAUCUUACAUUAACUCACAGAAUGCAUGGGAACGACUUCAUAGCUCAGCCAAUGUCAUGGCCUCACCUGUUUUGUAUAAAGUGUGGAUUCGGAACAUGAGAGGAACAAUAAGCUUUUUCAUUACUGUUGACUGUUACUAUAUUGAUGGACACUCACAAUAUAGCAGAUGGGAUGAUGAUGAUGAUGAUGAUGAUGAUGAUGAUAAUGAUGGUGGUGGUAGGAAAUGCUUAUAUUAUUUUUGACUACUUAAAGUGGCAUUACUACUUAUUAUACUGCAUUAUUUAAAACCGAUCUGCUGUCAAAAAAUCACAAAAAGGAUCAUCUUGUUUUGCAGAUGAUUUUUUGAUGAACGAUUUCGGUCAGUGUCAAACUUAUUGACAAAAAACAUAUUUCCUCUAACUGCGAACUAGUUUUUUGGGAGUUAAAUGCUUUUAGUAUGAAGCCACAGCAGUAGAAAAUGUUUGGUUUGCACCCAGUUUGUAAUGCUACAAAUACAUAAACAUUGCAAUACUUUCAUCAGUGGGCAAUAGGCAAAAUAAAUAUUGUGUUACCUCAUUUUACGAUAUUAUUAGGCUACUUUAAAGACUCAAGUAUGUAUUUUUCUGUGACAUGUUUAUAUUUUUAAAGCUUUCAUUCACGUGUUGUUCCUUUUCUCAACUAAUUGUCCAAAUUUAAAAACAAUAUUGGUAUCUGUGUCCAGUCUUUGGUGUGAUACAAAUCAUAAAUAUAGAGAAAGUAGCCUUAAUGAUAAACAGUAUAUUUCCAUACCACUAUUCCUAUGUAAAUUUCUAAUUCCCAUUUUACAUUAUUUUAUUUAUGUGUGGAGUUUAACAUUAACAUAUUAAUGUGUCAUUUAAAUAUUUUUUUUAUCUGUUUGAUAAAAAAAAUAUGAAAGGGAUAUAUAAUAGAGUGAUUACUGUUGCAGUUAAUAAUAGGAAACAUUACAGGAGACAACAGGAUCUUUGUUUUGUGGAAGCUCUAAAUCUUGCUCUGAUGUUAGCAGCUUGUACUGAGAGCUGCAUGUAUAUCAAAAUGAAUCUUCCUAAUUAACCAACUUUUGGUUUAAUGAGAAGCUUUGCACCACCUACCAUCACUGUCAGCGUUGUGCAUGCAUACAUAUAUUAGUGGGUUAGACUUACCAUAUUGCAUGUAUGUUGUUAACCUUUUAUAUCUUGUGGAUUCUCUUGAAAAACACCCUCAGUCUACUACUACAAUCAUAUAUCUUUCAACUGAUGAUAAAUAAAAUCUCAUUUUUUUCUCAAAAUAUAUUAUUUACAAGAAGUGAGUUAUCUCCAUUAAGUCAAUAUCUGAUAUCACGGCUGUCUGUGGCAAUAUUUUAGACGCUGCUGAAAAAGGAAUAUGUCUUACACGCAGCUGCAGACUGGAUUGUAACGUUCACUGCCCCUCUGCCGUCACAGAAAUAACCUCAUCUGAUUUGCAAAAUGUUUAUGGAAAUAGUUACAUAGUUUAGUUCUCAGAGGUGUCACAGCCUUUUUGAUAUAUGCAAAUCUACCUGUCCUGUUCUAAACCAUCUAUUUAAAUGACAUCUUUUUCCGCAGUCAGUCUUAAAGAAAAGAGACAAAGAAAUGAUUGGAAACAUAAGAAUGUUCUAAUUGUUUUUGACAUAAAAAUAAUAAAUCAAUGGCAUUGUGA